UAGAAUUUGACCUUUAAUUAAAUUGGGCUCAAACAAUAACUGAAUUGACAACUUAAAUCAGUUUUGAUUGGGACAAUGUAAGCUUGGAUAUCCAUCCAUAAUCCAUGCACGUUUAACCAGCUUGAGCUAAAAUUCUUAGCUCUCAUGAAAUAGGUUCGACCCAUGCACCUACCCCCUUUUUUGAUAAGGUGCACCUAACCCCCCACAAGUCGAAGUUGGUAAAAUAAUGAUAAACUUCUCUAUGGAUUUGAAGGGAAUGAGAGAUCCUCAUUAUCAAUAUAGAUCCCAGUUUGCAGUCCAUAUAAUGAAGCUAAAGCCAAACCCUUUAAUAAAAGGUAUGUUCCCCGUUUUCCACAUAUAGUGAGCACCACUUUCGUCUGUGGAGAUCUGAAACCACCACCCUAAUGCAGCUCCACCGUGAUCUUAUCACCGAGAUCCUCCUACGCCUCCCCGUCAAGUCUCUUCUCCGCUUUAAAUGUGUCUCCAAGCUGUGUCUCUCUCUCAUCUCCGACUCUUACUUUCGUCAUCAACACCAACGCCGCCGCUGCUAUGCCUCCUCCUCCAGCGUCAUAUUGUGCCGAACAACCGACCUCAUCCACCAUAUUUCACUAGCUGGAAGCAUCUCCGACGAGCCCUUCAGUUCUCUCAGCUUCAUUGAUGACUCUGCAGGCGUCAAAAUCCUUCAGUCCAACCAUGGCUUGCUCUUGUGCUGCAGCAAUCACAAACUGGGAAAGCCUCGCAGCUAUUACAUUUGCAAUCCUUCGACAAAGAAAUUUUCAGUUCUUCCUGAAGCAGAAUCCAGAACUUUUUCCGGUGUUUAUUUAUUUUUCAAUCCCACGAAGUCACCUCACUACCAAGUUGCUUGCGUUCAAACGUGUUCGUCCUCCUUCAAUAGCUACCAAGUUGAGAUCUACUCAUCCGAAACGCGAACUUGGAGGCUUUCAGGGUCUCCCUUCGCUGCCCCAUUCGACAUGGUGUUCGACAACGGGGUGCUUUGGAAUGCUUCAAUUCACUGGAUUAGUCCAACUGGUGCUUCGUUAUGCUUCGACAUUGAUCAAGAACGCCUUGGAGCAAUGCCUGAACUUCCGUCGAACGAGAAAUGGAGCGGGAGAAGGUUGAGGUACUUCGGCGAGUCCGGUGGGCAUUUGCACCUAAUAGAAAUCUAUGGCUGCAGCUCUCAUCAAUUCCAGGUCUUUGAGAUGGAGAGGGAUUACUCUAGUUGGGUUCCUAAGUACAGUGUCGACCUCGCUCCAGUUGUGGAUGCAUUUCCGGAGAUGGUUCGGAACUGCAUUGUCCGUAAUGAUUCUGUUUUCUAUACAUUUAGCCUACUCUAUUUGCAAGAGGAUGAAGAUGACUCAUUGUUGAUGCUGCACAUUCCUGGUAAAUUUGUAGCGUAUAGUCUUAGGAACAGGACCUUUAAGGAGCUUGGUUCAAUAUCCACGGAAUCAAAUACCGCAUUUCAGAUUGGAUGUCUCCAUGCUUAUCAGUUUAUGGAGACUUUGGCUUGUAUCUGAUCAGUACUUGUAAUUCUGUAAACUGAGGCUGAUGUUUUGCAUAGUGUCAGCUUAUUUUUUGAAAGGAACUGACGCUUAUUUUCUAUUCUUAGUUUGUGCAAUUAGACAUUGUCCGGGAGUUCAAUGAAA